CUCUCUCUCCUUUAUCUUCUCCUCGCAGCCUUUCGAAUCAAACCCUAGAAAUCGUCGGAUUUGGAGCUGAUAUAAAACCCUAGAGAGCUCUAAAAUGCGUUGUUUGAUCUUGUUACUGGUUUACCUGACCUGAUUUGAACUUGAACUCGGUUAAUCCUGCGGUUUCUGGCUCUGGAUUUGAACCGGAUUCCGUUUUCUUAUUCUGGUUCCUGGUGGUUUCUGCUCUGAGAUCGGUUUUCCGGCCGUGGAGUCGAGGUUUCGAGAGGCGGAGAUGUCGUCUUUGAGCAGAGAAUUGGUUUUUCUCAUACUUCAGUUCCUGGAAGAAGAGAAGUUCAAGGAGUCUGUUCACAGGCUUGAGAAAGAAUCAGGGUUUUUCUUCAACAUGAAGUACUUUGAGGAGAAAGUUCAGGCUGGAGAAUGGGAUGAAGUUGAGAAGUAUUUGUCUGGUUUUACCAAAGUUGAUGAUAACAGAUAUUCCAUGAAAAUAUUCUUUGAGAUAAGGAAGCAGAAGUAUCUAGAAGCUCUUGAUCGGCAAGACAAGGCAAAGGCAGUUGAAAUAUUAGUGAAUGAUUUGAAGGUGUUCUCAACAUUUAAUGAGGAAUUAUACAAAGAAAUCACUCAGCUUUUAACACUUAACAAUUUCAGGGAAAAUGAGCAGCUAUCAAAGUAUGGUGACACAAAAACAGCUCGCAGCAUAAUGUUGAUAGAGCUGAAAAAACUAAUUGAAGCAAAUCCACUUUUCCGUGAUAAACUUGUUUUCCCUACCUUGAAGUCUUCAAGAUUGAGGACUCUAAUCAAUCAAAGCUUGAACUGGCAGCACCAACUAUGUAAGAACCCCAGGCCAAAUCCAGAUAUCAAGACCUUAUUUACAGAUCACGCAUGUACACCUCCAAAUGGUCCACUUGCACCCACACCCGUCAACCUUCCAGUCGCUGCUGUUGCAAAGUCUGCUGCUUAUACCCCACUUGGAGCUCAUGGUCCCUUUCCACCAACUGCAGCUGCAGCCAAUGCUGGAGCUUUAGCAGGUUGGAUGGCCAAUGCUUCUGCAUCUUCAUCUGUUCAAGCUGCUGUUGUUACUGCAUCAUCCAUACCUGUCCCACAAAAUCAAGUAGUCCCAGUUUUAAAACGGCCAAGAACACCUCCUGCAGCACCAGGCAUGGUUGACUAUCAGAACACUGAUCAUGAGCUGAUGAAACGCUUGCGGGCUGCCCCAUCCAUAGAGGAGGUUACAUAUCCAACAGCAAGGCAGCAAGCUUGGUCACCAGAUGACCUGCCAAGAACUGUAGCUAUUACUAUGCAUCAAGGAUCUGCCAUUCUAAGCAUGGAUUUUCAUCCUUCUCACCACACGUUGCUUCUUGUUGGUUCUGGUAAUGCGGAAAUUACACUCUGGGAACUGGGGCCGCGGGAGAGGUUGGUUUCAAAGCCAUUCAAGGUCUGGGAUAUGGCACAAUGUACAUUGCCAUUUCAGGCAUCAAUAGUCAAAGAUCCACUAAUAUCUGUCAACCGUGUUGCCUGGAGUCCAGAUGGGAACUGUGUUGGGGUUGCAUUUACAAAACAUUUAAUUCAUUUGUAUUCUUAUUCUGGAUCAAGUGAUCUACGCCAGCUAAAAGAGAUUGAUGCCCAUGGUGGUAGUGUUAAUGAUUUGGCUUUUGCUCAUCCAAGCAAGCAACUUUGUGUGGUUACUUGUGGGGAUGACAAGCUCAUAAAGGUGUGGGAUUUAAGUGGACAGAAACUGUUCACCUUUGAAGGCCAUGAUGCACAAGUAUAUUCUAUUUGUCCACAUCACAAGGAGAGCAUUCAGUUCAUAUUUUCAACUGCUGUUGAUGGUAAAAUCAAGGCUUGGCUGUAUGACAAUAUGGGUUCCAGAGUUGACUAUGAUGCUCCUGGUUUGUCGUGUACGACAAUGCUUUACAGUGCUGAUGGUAGUAGAUUGUUCUCUUGUGGAACAAGCAAAGAAGGGGAGUCUUAUCUAGUUGAGUGGAAUGAAAGUGAAGGAGCAAUUAAGAGGACUUAUGCUGGGUUUAGAAAGAAAUCAAAUGGUGUGGUUUCGUUUGACACAACACAAAAUCGCUUUUUGGCUGCAGGUGAAGAUAGCCAGAUAAAAUUUUGGGAUAUGGACGGUAUCAAUCUUCUUACUGCAAUAGAUGCCGAGGGUGGACUUCCUAGUCUUCCUCGCUUGAGAUUCAAUAAGGAAGGAAAUCUCCUGGCUGUCACUACAGCAGACAAUGGAUUCAAAAUACUUGCAAAUGCUGUUGGUCUCAGAUCCUUAAGAGCAACUGAGGCACCAUCUUUUGAAGCGUUGAGAACAUCCAUCAAUCCUGUUUCACUUAAGGUUUCCGGCACUUCUGCAGUUGCUAGUGUUGGUCCUGUCAAUUGUAAAGUGGAAAGGAGCUCCCCUGUUAGGCCUCCUCCAGUACUGAAUGGAGUUGAUCCGAUGGGUAGAAGUGUUGAAAAGCCAAGAACUUUGGAUGAUGCAAUGGACAAGACGAAACCCUGGCAGUUAGCUGAAAUUGUGGACCCUGUUCAGUGUCGUCUAGUCACUUUGCCUGAAAGCACAGAUGCUUCUAGCAAGGUUGUUCGACUUCUAUAUACAAAUUCUGGUGUUGGCAUUUUGGCACUUGGGUCAAACGGAGUUCAGAAGCUAUGGAAGUGGCCUCGAAAUGAACAAAAUCCCAAUGGAAAGGCCACUGCUAGUGUUGUUCCUCCACAUUGGCAACCAAACAGUGGUCUUCUUAUGUCAAAUGAUGUCACAGGUGUCAAUGUUGAAGAAGCAGUCCCGUGCAUAGCACUCUCAAAGAAUGACUCAUAUGUAAUGUCAGCUACUGGUGGAAAAGUUUCAUUGUUCAACAUGAUGACUUUCAAGGUGAUGACAACAUUCAUGGCUCCUCCACCUGCUUCAACCUUCCUAGCAUUCCAUCCUCAGGAUAAUAAUAUCAUAGCCAUUGGAAUGGAGGAUUCCACCAUACACAUUUACAAUGUUAGGGUGGAUGAGGUUAAAUCAAAAUUGAAGGGUCAUCAAAAGCGAAUAACUGGUUUAGCCUUUUCAACCAAUCUUAAUAUCUUGGUUUCAUCUGGCGCUGAUGCUCAACUUUGUGUGUGGAGUAUUGAUACCUGGGAGAAAAGAAAGUCAGUUACCAUACAAAUUCCAGCAGGAAAGGCACCUACUGGUGAUACACGAGUUCAAUUUCACACGGAUCAAAUACGCAUGCUGGUAGUUCAUGAGACUCAACUAGCCAUAUAUGAUGCCUCCAAAAUGGAACGUAUUAGACAGUGGAUCCCACAAGAUGGCCUGUCAGCUCCAAUAUCUUAUGCAGCAUACUCUUGCUACAGCCAAUUGGUUUAUGCUUCCUUCUGUGAUGGUAACAUUGGGGUGUUUGAUGCUGAUACCCUGAGACUUAGAUGCCGUGUUGCUCCAUCAGCGUACUUGCCCCAAUCUAUCUUAAGCGGAAGUCAAGCUGUAUACCCUCUUGUUGUCGCCGCAAAUCCAAACGAUCCAAACCAAUUUGCGAUUGGAUUGACAGAUGGAUCUGUUAAAGUGAUGGAGCCAAUAGAGUCAGAAGGAAAGUGGGGGGCGAGUCCACCUGUUGAUAAUGGAAUCCUAAGUGGCAGAACGACUUCAUCAUCAACCACAAGCAACCAUACACCAGAACAAUUACAAAGAUGAGAAAUAUUUAAGAAUCAUCCCUAAUUUAUGUAGAUUAUUAGGUUUUCAAUCUUCAUGUAUGUCUAGCAAAGCUAAGCUUGGAAAGAUUGUUGUAUUACUCGCAGUUGUUGUAGUUUACCGUAGUUAUUAAUUAUUCUUCUCUACCUUCUUGUCGUUGGAAUGGCUUGUGGCUAGAAAUGCUUACUGUAUUGAUUUGUUUUUUCCUUCUUUUUUUUUUUUUUUUAAUAAACUUAAUUGUAAUUU